AUGCUCACGUUCAAAAGAGCCCUAAUAUUUGCCGCGUGCAUCCUCACAGUCCUAUUCCUCGUCACUCGAACAAAUAACAAUCCAACACAACCCGACAUAUUACCUCACGCAAGCAGCGACCUACAACAGGGUGGUGCGGAGCAGGAGGAUUCGACAACAAAAGCCGACGAUGGAUCCAGUUCCGCCAAGAUGCCUCCAGUCCAGAUGAAGCCGCCAGGCAAAGGCCAGCAAAUAAUACAAGACUCUCGUGCGACCUUGAGAGAAAAGCUUGCGUACCAAUUCCCGUAUGAUCAGGAGUCCAAGUUCCCAGCAUACAUAUGGCAGACGUGGAAGUACACACCAGCGUCAGGGGAAUUUGGGGAGAAUUUCCGUCCAGCUGAAGCCAGCUGGUCAGAGAAACAUCCCGGCUUCGUCCACGAAGUCAUCACGGAUCAAGUUGCUGUACAUCUGCUGCGACACUUGUACGCCUCUGUUCCAGAAGUACUCGAGGCCUAUAAUUCCCUUCCCAUGGCUGUUCUCAAGGCCGACUUUUUCCGCUACCUGAUUCUGCUGGCCAGGGGUGGCAUAUACUCCGACAUCGACACCUACGCACUCAAAUCAGCUACCGAAUGGCUGCCAGAGACUGUUCCGCGGGAACAAGUGGGACUGGUGAUUGGCAUCGAGGCUGACCCAGAUAGGGAGGACUGGAAAGAAUGGUAUUCACGAAGGAUCCAAUUCUGCCAAUGGACGAUUCAGUCAAAAGCCGGACAUCCAGUAUUGCGCGAGGCCGUGGCACAUAUCACGGACGAAACACUCAGCAGGAAGAAGGCAGGGACAUUGAAGGGUAUCUCGGACAACAAGGUCAUCGAAUUUACAGGUCCGGCCGUGUGGACAGAUACCAUUUUCAAUUUCAUGAACGACAAGAAGUACUUUGAUAUGACUACUAGCAAGGGCAACAUUACAUGGAGAGAUUUCACUGGUAUGAAGGCUGCUAAGAAGGUCGGUGAUGUGGUCAUCUUGCCCAUCACCAGCUUCAGCCCGGGUGUCCAACAGAUGGGUGCGGAGGAUGUCGAUCAUCCCUUGGCGUUCGUCAAACACGAUUUUGAGGGAACCUGGAAGCCGGAAAGCCUUCGACACAUCGGAGAACAACAACAGUAG